GCUGCUGCUAGAAGUGGCGCGUUCGGAUUGUCUUCACGGCUGGUGAUUGUGAUCCAGGAUACCGUUUGGGAAAAUUAUUCGUUUGAUGGCGAAAAGACACACUUCCUAGCAUAAGGUACACAUAAAGCACUCUGCGCUCUGGUAGCAAUGCCGUCGCUGCUGGAUGAGUACAACAUGGUGGCAGGUGGCGCCACCGCGGCCGGGCGCGCGCGGCGCGAGGACGUGGACGAGAACAUACGAGAGGCGGUCGCCGUCGUCGACAACGAACCGCAGGCUCAGGCCAUGCAGGGACAACCGGAUGCUGCUGCUACCGUGGCGGCGGAGGACGUCGCAGGAGGAGGAGGAGGAGGAGGAGGAGGAGCGGAGGUCACCACGGCCGGCGACGUGUCCCAGGAGACGGCCACGCGGAAUCUCGGUGACAAGCUGAAGGAAGGCAUGAUGAACCAGAUUGACGCGCUGGGAGAGAAGCUUGGAUUGCCGCCGGCAGCUAUUAUUGCCAUCGCCGUGGCGAUAGCCGUCGUGUUCCUCUGCUGCUGCUGCUGGUGCUGCAAGCGAUGGAUCCUGAAGAAGUGGCGCAACAAGAAGGAAGGUUUCUCGAAGAAGGGUCUCAAGGGAGCCGUGGACCUCAAGAGCGUGCAACUGUUGGGAAACUCUUACAAGGAGAAGUUGAUCACUCACCAGGUGCAGCCCGACCUCGAUGAGCUGGAUCUAAACAUGGAGAAGGAUGAGGAUGGAGAGAGCACCAAGUCCGAGGUGAAGCUCGGAAGGCUUCAGUUUAAACUCGACUACGACUUCCAGCAGAACCAGCUGUCGGUGACGGUGCUGCAGGCGGAGGAUCUGCCGGGGAUGGACAUGUCGGGUACGUCGGACCCUUACGUCAAGGUCUACCUGCUGCCGGACAAGAAGAAGAAGUUUGAGACGAAGGUUCACAGGAAGACCCUGAACCCGGUCUUCAACGACACCUUCUGCUUUAAGGAGAACAAGCUGGGAGACCUGUGCUUCUCGCUACGCUACGUACCGACGGCCGGAAAGCUCACCGUCGUAAUCCUGGAAGCAAAGAACCUCAAGAAGAUGGACGUCGGUGGUCUCUCAGAUCCCUACAUCAAACUCGAGCUCUUCAUGGGCAGCAAGCGGAUGAAGAAGAAGAAGUCGACGAUUAAGAAACGCACGCUGAACCCUUACUACAACGAGUCGUUCUCGUUCGAAGUGCCCUUUGAGAACAUACAGGUAGAUAGAGAUAGAUCGGAUGGCAUCGUAGUUGGCGCCACUUAUCCCUAUGUUAAGAUUGCCUUGAUGCAGAACGGCAAGCGGUUGAAGAAGAAGAAGACGACUAUAAAGAAAUGCACGCUAAACCCGUACUAUAACGAGUCGUUCUCGUUCGAGGUGGCCUUUGAGCAAAUACAGAAGGUGUCACUUCACAUCACCGUCGUCGACUACGAUCGCAUCGGAUCGUCGGAGGCGAUCGGCCGAGCCAUCCUCGGCUGCAAUGCCUGCGGCUCGGCGCUGCGUCACUGGAGCGACAUGCUCGCGUCGCCACGGCGACCGAUCGCGCAGUGGCACACCCUGCAGGAGCUGGAAGACAAGAGCUAGAGAGGAGGAGGAGGAGGACGAAGAGGAGCUGGAGGAGGAAGAGGAGCUGGAGAAGGAGGGGGAGUGAUGGAAUAAGCAGCAGCUGCAGGGGUGGUAGCAGUGGUAUACCAGGCUGUCCUCAUAGACACGGGGUAUAUAUACGAUACACUCCGGCGCGCGCGUGCGUUCGCGUAAGUGUUAUAUAUAUAUAAUGAAGAGUCUGAGUUGUACUAACGAAGAAGGUCUAUACAUACGUAAAACGAUGAGAAAAAAAAAAGUACGAAAAAGAGGCAUUUGUGUUUAAAUUCUGGGUGCUUUUAAACGCCGGGUGCAUGACAGAGGAUGAUGAUGUCACGAUGACGUCGUCAUCUCGCCGAGCUGCGCGCGGUCGCUAUUCCGUGAGAUUCCGCGCGCCGGCAAUCGUUGGAAUUCCUCGGCUGGUGUCUAACGUCUCGGACUGAUAAGCGCGCGACAUCGCGCGGAUUCGAAAACAAGUUCUUAUUUGGUGCGCGAACUUCGAGAGAAACUCACUGAUACGGAGCAACGCUAGUCAGGGCUCCUCCCCCAUGAUAUUAGAGGGGAAUUUAAGUCCGAUCGAAGUCACAAUUACGUUAAAAGCACCCAAACAGUGGAGGAAAUUAUCGUGCGAUAAUACGCGGUUGAAGAAGGCGCGUUAAAGGGAAAAAACUAAAAAGGGCGUACUUCGGCAAAUGAUCUCAACGGG